GGACGUUUCGAUUCGCACGAUGAUGAUACUAACGGAAACGUCCAAUUACCUGCAGCGAGUGCACACUCAGUACGCACUAGUUUUCCCAGUGAAAAACGCUAUAAAUUUAUUUUUAUCUUAGCAGAACACAGGUUAAUUCUAACCUAUAGCAAGGUUAAAUCAUUCGUACAUAUAUUGGACAUACAGUGACAACAUGGCCAAGGAACGCGGCGUCAUGAAGAUACUUUGGAACAGUUUCAUAUCCUCGCUAAAACCCCGCUAUUUCCGCCGCAAGUUGAUCGGCGAGGAUUACUACGGCACAAAGUACUAUGAGGAAGAGAUUCGUUAUUCCACCCGGAAAAGGCCGCCGAGGUAUUUCAUACCAGUGAACAAGGACAACUUUGAGCAGGAAUUGCCUGCAGAAUGGGAGGCCUGGUUGAGAUAUCGCCGAAAAGAGCCACCUACGCGGGAGGAAAUAGAGGCCAAUUAUCAAUUGGCAAUGACCAAGAAGGAGAAUGCAGCAAAACUUUUGCAAGAAAACUACCCUCAGAACAAAGACACUAGAGAUCUUCCUGUUUCAUCCACUUCUCAGGCAGAUACGCCAGGAAAUUUCCCAGUUUACGAAGAUUACAAAGGCUAUGGUGAUAAUUACAAACCAAAGGACUCGUAUAAAUAGACAAUGCAGAUGCCACACUUAGCAUAUUCUUGGAACAAAGUUACAAUUCAUGCAAUAAAGAAUUUAAUAGAAUUUCUAAAAAAUAGUUAAAAAAAUUGGUAAAGAUGUCUGUCUCAGAAAGUAAAGGUUGAGAUUUGAUUCUUAAUUGGGGUGAUAUUUUUCUCAACAAAUUAAAAAAAAAAAAUUUAAUUUGAUAAUAAUCUUAUGAUUAAUAUAAGCAUUUCAGAUGUUUUACAAAUUUUUUGAUUGUCUAAUUUUCUUUUAAAAUAGUAGUCUUGAGAAACCAAGUAAUUUAAUUGCAAACAAAAUAUAAAAACUUUUAAAAAUUAUAUUUAUAAGAAAUAUAAAGAAUAUUUGCGAUUAAAAGAAAUUAAUUUUUACUGAUAUAAAGUGGUCAUAAAUUAUAUAAAUUUUCUUUAAAUGUUGCGCCAUGUUAAUGAAAAUAUGGUAACCUCUCUUACUACCAUUUAAAUCAUUGUAAAUAAUUCUAUUUUAAUUUUUUCCACGACAAUAUUUAUUGAUAUUAAAAGAAAAAAUUCUUAAGGCUCUUAAGUAUUCGCCACGAUCAUAUUGAAAUUGUAAUGUCAUAAGUGAGAAAUGAUACAUCGCUAUUAAUAAAGAGAAUUUGAAAAAAAUAAAAUAAUGAGAUUGCUUUAACACACUUGCAAAAAUGAAUAGAAACUAUCCUUUUCUCUCUUAACAAUCAAUAAAUAAUUGUAAAAAAUACACGAAGUGAAACCUAUUGAGGCAAGAAAAUACAAGGAUAAUUGUUGAGAAGAGCGAAAAAUAUGCUUAUAAAAUUCAAAGAUAAUUUUAUAGCCCAUUUUUACAAAUUUGGCAAGUAUGAAACAGGUCACAUUUUUAUAAUGAAGUACGUAAUAACGAAACAUGUAGGACAAAGUUUCAACGUCACUUUUCACACCUAUUAGUUUUAAUUUCUCUCACGAUACUAUACGUUGUCACUGUCAAUGUAGAGUUUUUGAUCGACUACUUAGGAGCCUUAAGUAUCAAAUUAUCGAUUUUAUUAUUUACAUUUCGUUUAUUAUUUAUUUUAAAGAUGGCAAUGUUAAAAGCACUUGUGCUCUAAAAGGUGUGUGUGUGUGUGUGUGUACACACACACACACACACACACAUAUAUAUAUAUAUACACACACAUAUAAAAUGAAAACGAGUUACGUAACUCCCUUCACUCUUUUAGUUGGAGAAUCUCUUCAAAACAUUUUUAUUAAUAUCAGUGUGAAAUUAAUCAGUUUCUAAUAUGGGUAUUUAAGGUGAAUGAUUGAUUUUAGAUUUUACAUCGCUUUACUUUACCUUCCAGAGGGCAAUAAUGACAGACUAAAUGUUCCUGGAACCUGUGAAAUUUAAGAUCGGAACAAUUUUAAAAUCGAUUGCAUAGUUUUAUAUUUGUAAAAUGAUUUAUUAUUAAUAUUCUAUUUUUUCUAUACAUGUAAAUUAAGAUCUACCGUUCUCAUAUACAAUUAUUCUCGAUAAAAUAUAACAAAAGAUACUAUAUACUGGGUAGGUGUACGAAAAAUUGUUUAUUUUUCUCGAGAUACUACGACUCUCUAGUUUGCAAUUGCGGUUGCCCGGUGAUAUGAAACGAAUAACGUACGAGAUAAGAUGUAAGCUCCGUCUUCAAUUAGAUUAAUCGAUCAAUUAAAUUUAAGAAUUAGCAUGUCGGCAAAAUUUAAAAAACUAAUCGUAUUAUUUUAUAUUUCUUGGAUAUAGAGAACAAAAUAAAAAUCCUCACUUUUAAUCGAUAAUUCCCAAAUCUAAUCGAUCGGUUAAGUUAACUGGAGAUGAUAAGAGACCGAUCCAUAGUUUUGUUUUACAUGAGGGGGGGGGGGGGAGUUGAACGUAUAAGACAU